AUGGCCGAUCCUCGAUCCCGUCAUUCGGGUCGAAGAUCCCCUGUUUUCAAUCCCGCGCGGGCUUCAAUGCCCGUCAAUAUUGGCUACAACCUACCAUACACCGGCGAGCUUCAUGCCACUCCUACCACCCGCUACGACCCUCCAGCCCCUCGACGCCAUGAGCCCAAGCCUGCGACCGGCCCAGCUCCGCCCUCCGCUACCGUUACGACGACAUAUAACGUCACCAAAGAGCCCGUAUCGAGAAGCCUAAGCCGAUCAAACCGACAUCGCUCCUCAACCGCCGACUCCCACUCUGGCAAACCCAUCAUUGUGACCACCAACCAUCCUCGGUCUCACGCACCGACAAGCCAUGCUUCUGGAAGCGUGAGAACCGGUAGCCCCGCUCGUGAGGCGUACCGCACUAAUGAUGAUGCCUACUAUGCCGUUCAACCUGCCUCAUCGAUCCGCUCACGCAGCCACAAUCGCCAUAGCUAUCACCAAGGGGCACCUCUGGGCGAUGAGUUUUAUCGUUUACGAGAACGGGUCGCUGGUACUAGUGGAACUGGAGCUGCUGUUGGUGACGAUAGGUUUUGGGGCCCUGUUAGAACGAGUACCGACAAUUUCCGCAACCCUCGACCCCAUCUACUGUACACAACUCCAGCUCACCCCGCCCAUCAUGCAACUCCCGUCUAUCCCAGCGGCUCGGCGGCACCGAGCGAGCUGGUUAGAUAUGAUCUAGACCACGAUCGAGACCGAAGGACUCGACGUGACAGUGCUGAGCGUCCUUAUUAUCGGCCUCACGUCAACGUGGUAAGCCACGAUGCUUCGCGCUACGAACCCCGUCCACGCGCGAAGCCUCCGGCAUCAAGCGGUCUUGAGAGAUACAAUCGUGCGGCAGCGGCAGGCGCAUACGAUCGUCCUUCGGUUACCAUGCCGGCACCACCUGCUGUUCCUCCGCCGCCGCCCAUUGAUACCUCGCGCCGGCCUGCCCUACUUGAGGCACCGAGAAGCCCCUCGAGCGAGAACAGGACCACGCGACCACGUCCUGUGUCACUUUACCAGGAUGGCCCUACCCGCCCCAUACAUACCGAUGAUAUCUACCGUUCCCGCGAUGACGAGCGGGUGGGCAAAGACCGCCGCGAGCGGGAUGAUGGCUAUCGUGAUGACAAUGUUACAGCCCGUGGGUUUGGAAUACGUACAGAUACCCUCGAUCGCACCCACCCUGUUCAAGCCUACGAUGAGCGUCGUCCACGUCACGAGAUAGCUGAUCGUGAAUUGAAACGUCUCCCAGACGAGCCACCGGCCCAUCUUCGUCCACAUGACCGAGAUGCCGCUGAUGAUUAUAGAUCCCGUACUGAAGAGAGCCGGGAUCGCAGAGAAGAUCGACAUCGAAGAGAUGGUGUUGGCCGGCGCGAGAGUGUAAGUCGUACACGAGAUAAAAUCACAGCUGGCCUCAAAGGGGCCGCCGCCGCCAAUGUCUCCCCAAGACGACGAACUUCUGAUGAAGGAAGAGACUAUGACUCUCGUGCCAAUGAAGCAAGUAGGCCUAAGGAAACGGAACCCACAGAAAGAAAACCUUCUCCGAGGGCUGACACGGUCACUUAUGAACAACGAAGGGAACCACGACGGGAACGCGCAGAAUCCGUUUCAGGCUCUAAGGAUCGAGAAGUCAUUGCCAACAUCGACCGAGAUCCGGAACGUGAAUCUCCACGUAACCGCGAUCACGGCUAUGAGAAGGAACGUGAGGGAGAGCGUAGCCGCGUCGACGAGAGAGACCAACGCGAUCGUCCACGACACAGCGGCGAUGCUAGGCCCAAUGGAUCAUCUGACAAACGAGAGGCUUCACCGGACGAUGUUUCCAACACUGGACGACGGCGACAACGGCCGGUCUCGGCCUUUGACCCUACAGACACUAAAGGAUUGAUUGACCUGAAGGCUGAAUUAGCCGCGAUGGAUGGUCAGAGCAAUGGGACGAAAAAGGCUGAUGAACCAAAUGCACCAUCCUCUGUAGAGACGAUAUCAGCCCGAGCUGCGACGGGAACUAACAGCUCCGAUAAAGGGGAUGAAUCUGAUUCUCGUGGCCGCGAGGUAGUUCCCAUGCGGGAUGAAAAGCAGGUACGCGUCGUGUCUCCUCCACGAGACAAGACCGAAGCCAAACCAAUCAAGGGUAUCCUUAAGACACCUAGUGCCAAAUUUCCGGAAGACUCGAACCCUAUUCGUGAGGGUGUGGCGCCACACAAAGAUGAUAAGACCAAGAAGGACGUCCCAGCCGGGGCCCGAUGGACCAAGAUCAGCAGGAAGAAGGUCAACCCCGAAGCUCUCACUAUCGGAAAAGAGCGAUUUGAGGUCCGCGAUGACUUUGUUAUUGUGCUACGAGUUCUGAAUAAAGAGGAGAUUCAGGCUUAUGCUACUGCAACUGCACAAAUAAGAGAGAUGCGAAGGAAGGAGUUUGAGAGAGAAUCGCGACAAGAGCGUCACUCGGACGAAGAGCAAACCCGUUCCGAUGAGGAACGACAAAGACGACAUAGACACCGCCAAGAGAAGGAAGAAGAAGAAUACCGAAGAGGACGAGCAGCAGACGACAAGCACAGACGACACAAGUAUGACGACGAUAGCGAGACUCGACCGAAGACUAUUGAAUAUCAUUCGGGCCAGCCGCAACAUCAUCAUCGCCAUUACGAAUCUAGUGCAGAGGACCGCCGGUAAAGGCGGAAUUAUCUCAUUCUCUCAAUGAAUGCUAUAACUUACUUACUCCUUUUCUUUUGUUCAUGGCGCUGCUUUUUUUUCCCCCUUUUCUUCUGUGUUUGGAUUCAUGGUUGCGAGACAUCUUCUGAUUGCCCAAUUUUAUAGAGAGAUACCAAAGCAUGUAUGACAAAAGCAGUGUUUACUAAGAUCAUGUAUACACCUGUCCGUGGGACGAAACUUAUUAUAUCGAUA